ACAGUAAUUUUCUAACCCUAACCCCUAAACCCAAAACUUUGAGAUGGCACUUCUCUAGUCUCUAUAAUACCCUUCUCUGUUCUCCGCUUCUUCAUACAGCGUUCGGCAGACAACAUCGCCAUCCCGGACAGACGCCAUCGCCACACUGUACCUGAAUAGCAUAUUAUCAAACUCCAUCUCAGUCCCAUGACUAACAGACUAACAGACUUACGACACAAGCAGUGGUGGAAAUGGGGAGGAGAAUACUGAAUGACGCAUUGAGGACGAUCGUCAAUGCUGAGAAGAGAGGGUUUGCGUCUGCCCAACUUCAACCCGUAUCCAAUGUCAUGGCUAAUUUCCUUCAGAUUAUGAAAUAUCGAGGGUAUAUUAAAGACUUCGAAGUAGAGGACCCUCAUAGAGUUGGGAAGAUAACUGUCCAAUUGCUCGGAAGGGUCAAUGAUUGCCGUGCUAUCUCGUAUAGACAAGAUAUCAAAGCUCAGAACAUUGAGAAUUAUGCAAAAAGUACCUUACCAACUCGUCAGUGGGGCUAUGUUGUGAUUACAACACCAAAUGGAGUUCUUGAUCAUGAAGAAGCAAUUCGGCAAAAUGUAGGCGGUCAAGUUCUUGGCUACUUCUAUUGAGCAAACUGAAGACAUUAGUACAAGAAGAGGGAAGAUCACUUUUGUUUUUGUACAUUGAUGGAAUUGAACGCAAAUCACUGUCAUUGCAACAGCUCAAAAUCAUUAGUGUCAUGUAAAAGACUGAACCUAUUUUGUUGUAGCAGAAGACACUAAAAUAAGUUGUUCGUUUGGGUGGAUAGGGAUUCCUGAUUCAAUUCCUCUGAGUCUUGUCCUGGUGGAUUUUGACGCAGAUUUUCUGAUUAUAGUCUGUUUCUUGUGGUUGCCUAAUGCAAACAUGAUUUUGACC